AAAAUAAAUAACUAGCAAAAUAAACUCCUUCUCGAAGGAUUUCUUUGAGAGAGAGCAGGCAGAACAGAGCGCAAAUAAAGAGAGGACGAGACGAGAAAAUUAGAUAGAACGAAAAAGCAAAGAAACGCACUAGAGAAGAAGAGUACAGCUCCAUUUCCCCUCACCCUCACAGUCGGCGGAAGGACUGCAAAUCGUCAAUUCAUUUCUCACAAUACCAUCAAUUGAAUUUCCGGUCAUUUUUUUCCUGCGGAUUCGAUUGUUUCCGGGGGCCUUGUUUCUCGGCGAUACAUCGAACAUAUGGCUACAGGAGUAGAAUCGUCGCCUCCGUCGCCAUCCCCGCCGUCGGGGACGGUGAAGAAGGUGGCGGCGAGUGGAAUCGCGCUUGAUUUCCCGGUGACCGAUGCUCCUUCGUCCUCUUCGCCGCCGAGGAUUCCCAAACGGCUCCGGAAGCGGAUGCUGGAGGCUAAAACUUCGCCAGUCAGUAGUGUGCAAGAGAUCGAAGCUAAGCUUCGCGACGCUGAUCUCCGCAGACGGCAAUUCCAUGACAUGUUGUCAAUUAAGGCGAGGCCAAAGCCGCGAAGCCCUUCACGGUCUUCCUCUCAGGAUGAAGAUCUUGGUCAACGACUUGAAGCCAAACUUUUAGCUGCAGAGCGGAAAAGGUUGGGUAUGCUGACCAAUGCUCAAAUGCGCCUAGCUAAGCUGGAUGAGUUACGCCAGGAGGUGAAAGCUGGGGUGGAAAGGCGUUUUGAGAGGGAAAGGCAGAGGCUCGGCACUAAAGUAGAAUCGCGUGUUCAACAGGCUGAGGAAAAUAGAAUGCUUCUCUUGAAAGCUUAUAAGCAGCGCCAUGCUUCUGUGAAGGAGAGGAGUUCACAGUCAUUAAUGCAAAGAAUUGCCAAGGAGAACAAAUACAAGGAGCGUGUGUGUGCAGCAAUUAACCAAAAGCGUGCUGCUGCCGAGAAGAAAAGACUCGGGCUGCUGGAGGCGGAGAAGAAGAAGGCAUGUGACAGGAUUUUGCAAGUGCAGCAAGCAGCUAAGUCUGUCUCUUAUAAACGCGAGAUUGAGAGGAGGAGAAUGAUGGAACAACUUGAGGAUCGAUUGCAGAGGGCGAAACGACAGAGAGCAGAAUACUUGAAGCUGAGGAGCAGACAGCGUAGCCCUGUCCAGAUGAAUCUGAAGAGGAUGGAAAAGCAGGCUGAUGUUCUUUCAAGGAAAUUGGCCCGGUGCUGGAGGAUGUUUCUUUCAUCAAGAAGAACGACCUUAGAGCUUGUAAAAGAUUAUGGCACCUUGAAGAUAAAUGAGAACUCUGUAAAAACCAUGCCAUUUGAACAGCUUGCGUUUGCAAUUGGAUCACCUGCUACCCUCCGGACAGUAAAAGCUCUACUAGAUCGGCUGGAGAGCCGAUAUAAAGUUUGUAGGGCAGUGGCUGCUGCCAGCUAUUCUUCUACAUUGGACAACAUCGACCACUUGCUGAAAAGAGUGACUACUCCUAAGAGAAAACCUACACCCAGGACAUCUAUGAGGAGCAGAGAUGCGAAGCAUACAGGUGCUACAAGGGAAUCAACUAGAAGUCCAGCUAAGCUAUCCAGGUAUUCAGUGAGAGUAGUUCUCUCUGCUUACAUGAUUCUGGGCCAUCCGGAUGCUGUUCUGAGUGGUCAAGGAGAGAGGGAAACUGCCUUGGCCAAGUCUGCAAAGGAUUUUAUCCAUGAGUUUGAGCUGUUAAUUAGGAUCAUUCUGGAGGGACCACUUCAGAUCUAUAAUGAUGAGUCAGACUCCAUGUCAUCAAAGCCUCGUACCUUCAGAUCCCAGCUUGUGGUGUUUGACACAGCGUGGUGCACAUUCUUGAAUUGCUUUGUGAUGUGGAAGGUUAAGGAUGCUGUGUCAUUGGAGGAGGACUUAGUGAGAGCAGCUUGUCAGCUUGAACUAUCAAUGAUUCAAAAAUGCAAGAUGUCUUCUGGAGUGAAUAGCAGUGAUCUUUCUCAUGAUAUGAAGGCUAUUCAGAAACAGGUAACAGACGACCAUAAAUUGCUGAGAGAAAAAGUACGGCAUCUUAGUGGGGAUGCUGGGAUUGAGAGAAUGCAAUCUGCUUUGGACGAGAUGCGUCUGAAAUAUAAGGAAAAUGGUUCUCCUAUUGGUUCACCAAUAAUGAGUGUGUCAUCUCCUGGCAUGCCUAGUUUCGUCGAUGGUGCUGCCACUCCUACAACUACGAGUGAUGCAAGGGUUGAGACAUCGGGUCGAGUAGUACGUUCUUUAUUCAAGGAUGAGAACAUUGACUCAUCCGAACAAGCAAGUUCCUCGGCUGCUGCUAUCCCAUCCAAAUCAUCAAGUUCCUCUGUCACUGCUGCAAACUCGUCCGCUGGUCAACUGGGUGGUUCUGUUAAUAAGUUGAUCACAGAGAAUGAAGUUAUUGUUAAUGAGCUUCUUCAUGAAAAGCGUAGGGCUCUGGUUGAUAGAUUAGACACUGCCCAAAAAGAUGAAGUGAGCCUCAAGGCAAAGGUUAAAGAGGCAAUGGAGAAGGCUUUCUGGGAUGGAGUGAUGAAUUCUGUAGAAGAAGAGGGACCAGACUAUGGCAGAGUCAUAAACCUUGUGAGGGAGGUGAGGGAUGAAAUUAGUGAGAUGGCUCCUGAGAGCUGGAGAUCAACCAUCAUGGAAGCUCUUGAUCUUGAAGUUCUUUCUCAGGUGCUGAAGUCGGGAAACUUGGACAUUGCUUACCUGGGAAAGAUCUUAGAGUUUGCGCUGGCUACGUUGCAAAAGCUCUCUUCCCCUGCCUAUGAGGAUGAAAUGAAAGUCAAGUAUCAAAAAUUACUCCAAGAACUGACUGAGGCAUGUCAAAGUCGAGAUGGUAAUGCAAAGAGUUCUCCUGCUGUGGCAAUGAUCAGAGGUCUCCGCUUUGUUCUAGAGCAGAUACAGACGGUUAAGAGCGAGAUCAGCAAAGCUCGUAUAAAACUAAUGGAGCCAUUGUUGAAAGGUCCUGCUGGAUUGGAAUACCUUGGGAAAGCUUUUGCGAAUCGGCAUGGCUCCCCGUUGGAUGCUUGUUUGUCCCUACCAUUGACAAAGCAGUGGCUUUCUUCCUUGAGAAGUUGCAGUGAUCAGGAAUGGGAAGAACACAAUAGUAAUUCUCUCUCAGCUUUGGCCAGCCAUGAGAAUCCGUCUCAGGUGUUCCUACCCUCAACUGCACUCCGAACCGGUGGGAGCUUUCAGGUGAAGCAACGUACUGCGCCAGAUGCUGGUUCAAGCAAUGAACAAUCAGCGGUGGUGCCUGAAUGUUCUGGUGACAGGGUUGAUCUCUUGGUUAGGCUUGGAUUGCUGAAAAUGGUCACCGAGGUUUCCAGUAUAACGCUGGAAACUCUUCCUGAGACCUUCACUCUCAACCUCUCCAGAUUGCGAGGUGUCCAAGCUGAAAUCCAGAAACUUUUAGUGGUUACGACCAGUGUCUUGGUUUGCCGACAGACUCUCUUGAUGGAGCGAGGUGCAGUCAGCAGUGCUGAGAUGGAAAACAUUGUAUCGAAAUGCAGCGAACAACUGUUGCAACUCUUGGACCGUGGUGGUGACGAUGCUGGGAUUGCUGAAAUCGUCGGAAUAAUAAGCAGCUUUUCCUCCCAGGAUUCGUCUUCGUCAGUUUCUGAAGAUGAAAACAGUCGGAAGCUUCAGUCGAGGAAGGAAGUUAUGGGUAGGAUGUUGGCAAGGAGCUUGCAGGCAGGAGACCCCGUUUUCUCGAAGGUCUCCCGAGCUGUUUAUUCAGCUGCCAGAGGUGUCGUAUUAGCAGGAAGCGGUCUCAAAGGGAGGAAACUAGCUGAAACCGCUCUCCGGCAGGUUGGUGCCGCCGUUCUCGCUGGGAGGGUGGUGGAGGCUGCUGAAGUGUUGGUGGUGGCGGCUGGCAUCUCAGUAACAGUCCAUGGGCCUUGGUAUGCGACUCUCCUCAACAGUGUGUGAUUUAUGCAGACAUGUGAUUUGUUUGUUGCUUUGUUCGACUUCGAAGUAAGUUGGGAUGUGAAAUAAGAAGAAAGAAGUAGGAAGAAUAAAUUCAGUGCGCUGUGUAUAUAAGUAGUCUCAAGUGUGUGUCAGGCCGGCGAUGACCCUGUGAUUGGCCUCCUUGGUGUAAGUUUCAGCUAUGUGCUCUUGCUCUGCUUUCGUUGGUGUGUCUAUAGAUUGAAGGGAAGAGUUAUGUAGACAGUAGUGUUUUAUUAAUGUCAGAUUGGUGAUCUGUUCGUCGUCAGUGUUCUCCUUCCUCUGCUAUUCCUUCGGUUCUUGAUGCGAAAUGUCGAUCGAUCUACUACUGGGAUGACGCCUGGAGUUGUCAUAUCGUUCAUGUAUCUGUACUGUCAAUUUCGGUACUAAGCCGAGUCUGACAUAACUUAUCUACGAUUUCAUCGAUCUCAACGACCAAUUUCGACUCUGCCCUUGAAACAAAUUGUUUGAUUGAAUGCAAAGAUUAUGGCCUUGAUUUAUUUGGGAUUUACAUGUACAGAAGCUUACAAUCUUCCUUGAGCAUUAUUGUAUUGACGAGGAGGUGAUGAAGGAGGUCUUGGCUUUGGUUCCACCAUCUUCUCCAAUUCAUCAAGAUCAUCCUUUAACUUAUCAACCUUGUGCAAGAACUCUCUGGCUAUAUGAGCUUCAUGAGCAGUUACUUUCGACACCCUCUCCACCAUCAAAGCUGCCUCCUUUAGCUUCCCCCCGGAACCAGGAAUGCUCUCCGCCACCUCCGCCGAUAUAUUCUCCGCCACCGUCGCCACCUGCUCCACAAUCUCCGCCACGCUCUCCACCUCCUCUGCCACUAUCUCCGCCUCCCCUUCAAUUGUCUUCAACCUCUCCCAUUUUUGCUUCCAGAAAGGCAGGACGACAGUUAGGAUUGUGCCAAGCAGCCAUUUCGCCCAACCAGAGAAGCCAUAUCUGGGACUCGGAGGUGGCGGUGAUGGAGGCGGCAGUGAUGACGCUGGUGGGCCAAGAAACAGGCGCUCUGCCCAGUUCUUGCAAUUGAUCAACUGCAAUCCUUUCUGGGUUGUUUUCGAUACAUCAGCAGAAGCACGUCUGCUGCUAUGAUCAUCCCCUGAAGACGAAGGCGGCUUGCUAUUGUAUGAAAUUGAUGAUGAAUUAGCAGCUGACGAAAUGCUCACUACGUUAUUGCUUCUCCUCCAGGAAUAGAAGUAGCGGUCUCGCAACAACUCAACAAAACCUCUCAGGUUGUAGCUAGAGGAGCCGCCGCCGCCCCUGCCGCGGGCCGCCGGAGACAUGAUGAAACGAUCAAGUCCUGUAUAAUUAAGCUAUAUCUGCAGCUUGAGAUAAUGAAGGUUGAGCAUCUAUAUUAUAUGUACACAGAGUUGAGGAAACGCGGGGGUUUGAUGUAUUGCUUGUGGGAGUUGAGUUACGGCAUCUGGUGUUUGUGAUGAUGAGUGUGGAUUAAGGAAUUAAAUUUAGUUGGCCAUGGAUGGACUGGAUAUCAUUGGGAUGAAAGGGAAGCAAAGUGGUGAUGAAGAAGAGCACGCUAGCUACUUGAGAUCAUCGAUAUGAUCAAGAGAGAGCAGCAGGGUUGGUCUAGGGCGCUAGCUAGGUUGGGUGUUGUUGACGACUUUUGAUCAUCAUCAGUUUGCAAGCUAUAGCAGCUAGAAGCAAUGUGUGUACAUUAUCAUAUUGC